AUGCCGGACCGGCAUAAGACAUACCGGCUUACGCUCACGCCUGCGACCGAGGCGGCGCUGCUGCGGCUGAAGGAGUGCGGAGAGAACAAGCAGCUGCUAUCCCGUUGCGCGCUGUGGUGCAGCGGCGAUGCCCUUGAGGCGCUCAUCGUGCUCCAGAAGCUGCGCUAUCCGUACCAGGUGGGCCAAGCUGGUGAGUGGGGUGAAUGCAUCUUGCCGGGGCCGUGGCAGGCGAUCGAGUUCGACGACGUUCAGUGGCGAGCGGUUGCUGUGAUGCAGGGCGCAUGGGCGAUGGCCGACAGUGCUCGCGCCUACAGCGCCUACAGUGGUCGCGCGAGCAGCUGCUGCGAGGAGGCGGGCAGCCUGCUCGACGCUCCCGCCGAGGUGACGUGCCUGGCGUCGACCGACGACAAGAUUGUCGUCGGGACGGCUGAGGGUCGCCUGCAGACCUGGCGGCUCCACGGUGGCGGCUCGGCGGUGCUGCACGCGGCGGCGCAGCUGUCCGCGAGCGCCGUCGACCAGCUGCAGCUGCUCCCCGCGGUAGGGAUAGUGCUCCAUCGGUGCUCAGGCGCCGUCGGGGCGCACGGGAUCGACGACCUCCAUCCUGCGGCCGCGAUACACCAGUCCCGCGCCACGCUCUUCGACGCGGACGGAGCACGGGCGCCAGUCGGCAGGCUGGCCGUGUGCGCGGGCCACUCGAUGGUAUGGGUGUACGAUCUCGAGGCCAAGCCGCAGCUCGUGUGGCGACGGGUGCUGCCCGAGCCGACUCGCGCGCUCCGCCUCGACAGCCAGUCCGCCCUCGCCGCGGGCGGCCUCGCGCCUCGAGGGCGAGGCGAGCGCUGGUGUGGCUCGUGGUCGUGCUUCAUCCUCUGUGCCUCGAGCGGCGCGCUGCUCUCGACACUGUCGCUGCAGCGCGCCGGAGCCGCCCUGCCGCCACCCUCUGCAGAGUGGCGCUGCAGCGGCAGCUUUGUGCCACCCUCCGACGCGGACGACGCGGACGACGCGGAGUGUCUGCUGCUGCUGCCGCCCCCCACCGCCGCGGCCGAUCCCAGGGGCGCUUGCGGCGCCUGGUGGAUUGCGCUUCGCCGCGGCGCGCUGUGGCGGGCCUCGGCACCGGACCAAGCGGGCGAGGCGAGCACAGAGGGCAGCUGCGAAGGGGGCGCUGCUCUGCUCCCGGGCCUGGUCCUGCUGCGUACGAGCGGCGCGCUCCUCCUCGUCCCCGUCGAGAGGAGCGGCGGCGGCGAGGCUCCCGCUGCCGGGGCGCCGCCGCCUGUCGAGUUUGGCGCUCCGCUGCUGAGAGUGGACCUCGACCCGGGGUGCUCCGCCCGGCCUCGCCUCGCAAUCGCGCACGGCCUCCACGCGGUCCUCGUCCGCGGUCGUUCUCUGCACGCGGUGCCGCUCUGCCGCGCGCGCGGCGGCUCCGCCUCGCCGCCCCACCCGCUCGACUGGGCGCGCUCGCAGCUCUUGCGGGACGUCGCCGCCGCCGACGAGGCGAGCCUGGACGAGAUCGACGCGCUCCUCCUCCGAGCGGCCCGCCUCGCCGCUGCCGUCGCCGCCGCGCUGCGCAAGUCGGACGCCCUCGCCGCGGCGUCGCCCCUGCCGACCGACGUCUUGCCCCCGCGGACCCGCCCCGCAGCGCCGCCGUUCGCCGCCGCCGGCGAGGGGAGCAAGGCGGCGGCGGCGCAGACCCUCCGGGCGGAGGAGUUUGUCUUUGGCGCCGCCGGCACGCCGCUGCACGCGGCGUGCGUCGCGCGCCUCGCCGGCGCGCAGCAGCGGCUGGUGCGAGGCGCGCUCGCCGCGGUGCGCGACGGCGGCGACGCGUUUGGCGUGCCCCGCGGCGCGCUCGAGAACAUGGGGGGCGUCGCCGAGCUCUGGGCCGCGGCGAGCGAGCCGACGGCGCUGCCGAGUGAGCGCGCCGCGGCGCUCGCGGCUCUGUGCGGCGUGGCCACUCGCGCGGUGCGGCUGACGAUUGGGCGCGAGGCGAGCGCCGAGGAGCUGCUGCCUUGCAUCGCCCACUCGAUGGCGACCGCCAUCGCGGCCGGAGACGCGCCCGAGCUGCUCGCCUCGCUGCGGCUGACGGCGCUGCACGUCUCGAGCGCCGCCGAGCCCAACGAGGAGUAUUGCGUCACCACCGUGCAGGAGCGGGUCGCUGCUGCGUGGGAGAGCAACCGCUCCGCUGGCCACUACAGCCUCCACCUCUACCCUGGUCAGCAGUGGGAGGCCGCCGCAGCGGCCUCCCUCGCCUCUGCUGAGGCCGCCGCCGCUGCGGCGAGCACACCGACCAAGGGCAGGAAGCGUCCGCAGCUGGGCCCAGGCCCGGCCACGAUGCCACUCGCGUCCGAAGAGGUGGAGGCGGCGGCGGCGGCGGCGGCAGGGCGUGCCGUCUCCUUCGGCAUCCCCUUCUCGGAGUGGUUUGCUUGUGCCGCUCUCGCGCCGAUCGCGCCGCUGGUGCUCUCCUCGCCCGAAGUGCUCCUAGCGCGGAUGAGCGCCGCUCUCGCCGCCGCCCGCCGCCACUCAGCCGAGGUGCGCGCAGCGCCGCCGCUGCUCCUGCUCGACCCGGCGGCCGGCGAUGGCGAGUACAGUGGCCAUUUGCCAGACGGCCUCGGCAGGCUGCCAGCGCUGCGUUGCGUCAAGGAGCUGGGAUGGCAUGCGGCCUUAGCUGAGCCCGAUCCAGUCGCUUUUGCCUCUCUCGCCGCCAACGCGGCUACUGCGGCGCCGGGCGCGGUCACGCUGAGGAAGUACGGGCUGCUGGCGCCGCAGAGCAGGCAGGACCCGCCGCAGAAGCGACGGCGCCGUCGGCGACCGGGGCGGCGAUCCCCUUUCCCGCCGCCGCCGCCUCCGCCUUUGCCGCCGCCGCCACCCGCCGCCGCCCUCCGCGUCGAGCUCACCCGGAUCGAGGCGCAGGUGAUGCUGCGCACCCUCCUCUCAAUGCGAGACGGGCCGCGUCCGUCGCUCCUCUACUUUCGGCACUCCUAUCUGGGGCCAAAGAGCUCUGCCAUUAUGCGUGAGACUUUAAGGCAGCAGGGGUACGAGGCUCAGUACGGCGAGUUCGCGCUGCGCUUAGGCUCAGACGGCCAGUUUGCGCUGCGCUAG